AUGGCCCUGCGCGAGAAGGAAGGCCAGCGACUCCAUCAUCCGGACAUUUUCACGCAAAAGACGGAUUACGAUUUGUCCGCAUAUUACAACCAAGCAUUGGCGAGAAAGGAACAACUCAGCCACUUGGAUGGAGACGACAUGCCGACGAAUUCGAUCAUUCUAGCUUUGCCGAAGGCUUUCGAGCGUGCGCGGACGGAGGUCGUCGCGGAAGAUUCAGUGAAGUUCGUGGUAUACAACCACCUUGACGACAUGGCGGAUCAAUUGAACAAAAUCCCCAUUAGCGCAGCGAUGCUAUGGGUUUGGCCGGAGAAAAUGCCGAGGUCGGACCAGAUGAGAAGGAGCAUGCAGGCCGUCGAGAGGCAUUUGCAAUGUGGUGGAACGUUAGACUGUUUCCCUCCACCUUUCGAGAAGGCGCGCAAGGACGAGUGGGAGGAACUUCGGAAAGUUUGCGUGGAAGUCGUGCGAAUGUUGACUGGCCCGGCCAGGGGGUUUGAUGCCAAGGUAAUAGACCACUACGGACCGUUAGAAGAUGCAGUCCCGAAGCUCCACCCGGCCACAUGUUUGGGAAACACUUUUGCACCUGCUGGUCGAUCUUCUGUGAGGACAAUGGUGAAAAGUGGAGAUAGCCUUUCGUCUACUACUUCUACAGACACCCAAGAAGCUAGACGACAUUUGCGAAAAAUUUAUUCUAGAGCAAAAAGAAUACAUAAGGAAGAAGAAGCCAUGUUAGCUCUAUGCAAGAACUGCAUGCAGACUAUACGAACAAAGAAAGCAACAGUUGAUAAAAUGCGAGAAGAAACAGAAGCUGAAAUGCUAGCUAGUGCUGGCAAGCUUGAUGAACACAUUCGACGAGUCACAAGAAUACUUGAUAGUGUCACAAAAAUGCAUAUUACGGAUGCUACCGAGGCUGCGGAAAGACUGGCGAAAUUGAUGGAUAUCGACGUCGAUGGUGAGGAGAAAAUUGACAACCUGCGGAAACGAAUCGCCUACUUGGAGUACCAUCGUAGAUCGCAAGAGUCGAUCUUUUAUCGAAUUUACUGUUAUAUCUACUCAAGCAUUCACUGGUUAAUCAAGAAGGUGAUCGAAUACUACGAAAUCCGACGAGCAAUCGUAGCAGCCAUGCCACAAGAGACCCUGCCAUCCGCAUCUUCAUCAAAUAAUGUACAAACUCCAACUCCAAGCUCUUCCACGCCCGUUUCCUUACCAACACAUCUGUCCGAUGAAGAAGAGGUCACGCUCAGAGGUCUCAGAAUGAAUGACAAAUAGAUGCCG